AUGAAAUAUCUAUUAAUCGUUGCUAGUCUAUCUAUCGCAAGCGCCGGCGUUAUCAAAGAAGAGGCCUGCGAUGGUGUCCGAAUCAACGGCACUUAUUAUGAAAAAGAAAUUAUUAAGACCGACCUCGACAGGCCAUAUUUGUUAACAGUCGACUACAGCACUAACACACUCUACUUCAGCUACAGUAUCAAAUCAGACGAAGACAUAUUUAAAACAGCAAGAAUUGAUCUAGAUACGAACGCAUUUAGUGAUAUUGAUAUAGUCAAUGGUUUCGCACAGACUGUUGAUUACGAGCAUCAAAAAGUCUUUAUAGGGUCUAAUGAUGGUAUUUACAAAUAUGACCAUGACACCAAUCAAGUAGAAUUUGUCGGUCAACGCGGAUCAGACAUAUGGGCGAUAUACUACGAUGAUGUGCUCUACUAUUCCGAGUUUCCAUCUCAAUUCUUGUAUACACUAUCUAAUGGAACUGCUACUAGAUUUAAAGAUCUAGAAGACACUAAAGUGGAUCAUUUCGUUACCGAUGGUGACAAUACUAUGUUCUAUACUAAUGCAACCGGCUUGUUCAGUCAAAAGAAAGGCACAAAGGAUGCAGUAUUAAUUGAAGAAUUCCCUCACAAUGGACCAAGGGGUUUGACAACUAAUAAAUAUGAGGACGUUUACGUAUGCAUGCGAGAUGGCAUUUAUGAAGUAGAUAAAACACAACCAAGUCUAAAGAAAAUUGUAGACGUCGACGAUUGCUUUGGAAUAGCAUUUGAUAUUUAUGAUGAAAUCAUUUACGCUGAUUGGAAAAGUCUGAUUCGACUCAAAGAGAGUGACAUAUGUUGA